CAGACACUUCACAGUCUCCAACUACACCAGGGACAACUGCAGAAAUGACCGUUGUAACUAGCACAGAAAUAACAGGGCCUCCAACUACACCAGAGACAACUGCAGAAAUGACCGUUGUAACUAGAACAGAAAUAACAGAGCCUCCAACUACACCAGGGACAACAGGAGACAGGACUGUUGUAACUACCACAGAAAUAACAGAGCCUCCAACUACACCAGGGACAACUGCAGAAAUGACCGUUGUAACUAGCACAGAAAUAACAGAGCCUCCAACUACACCAGGGACAACCGAAGAAAGUACCGUUGUAACUAGAGCCACAACUCCAGCAACACCAGAAACUACUGAGGAAAGGACCGUUCUAACACGUACAGGAGCCACUACCGAGGUAACCACAACAGCAACACCAGACACUACCGAGGAAGGAACCGUUGUAACAAGUACAGGGGUCAAUGUGGAGGGCACCACACCAACUCCAGCAACUCCGCAAUCUACUGAAGAAAGAACUGUGGUGACAAGUACAAAGAUCACAGCGGUGGGGACCACAACUUUCCUAGCGACUCCGCAGACUACUGAAGACGUGACUGUUGUGAAAGCUACGGGGGUGACUACUGAGGAGUCCACUAGAACUCCAGCAACACCACAAACUACUGAGGAAAGAACCUUGGUGACAAAUACAGUUAUAACUACCACAAAAACUCCAGUAACAUCACAGACAACUGAAGAAAUAACUACUAUAACAAGUGCAGACAUCACUACAGAAGGGACCGACACACCUUCAGCAACACCUAAGACAACUGAAGAAAUGACAGCUGUAACUAGCACGAAGGGGGCCGCAACAACUCUAGCAACACCACAAACUACUGCAGAAAGAACUGUAGUGACAAGUACAGAAGUUACAGCGGUGGUGACCACAACUCCCCUAGAAACUCCGCAGACUACUGAGGAUGUGACUUUUGUGAUAGCUACGGGUGUGACUACUGAAGGAAUCACAACUCCAGGAACACCGCAAACUACUGAGGAAAGAACCGUUGUAACAAGUACAGGGGUCACUACUGAAGAAACCACAACACCGGCAACACCACAAACUACUGAGGAAAGAACAGUUGUAACAAGUACUGGGCUCACUCCCGAAGAAUUCACAACAACUCCAGCAACAUUGCAAACUACUGACGAAAGAACCGUUGUAACAAAUACAGAAAUCACAGAGCCUCCAACUACACCAGGUACAACUGCGGAAAGGACCGUUGUAACAAAUACAGAAAUCACAGAGCCUCCAACAACACCAGGUACAACUGAGGAAAGGACCGUUGUAACUAGCACAGAAGUUACGGCGCCUCCAACUACACCAGGGACAACUAAAGACAUGACCGUUGUAACUAGUACAGAAAUCACGGCGCCCCCUACAACACCAGAGACAACUGAAGGCAGGACCGUUGUAACUAGGACAGAAAUAACAGAUCGUCCAACUACACCUGGGACAACUGAAGAAAUGACAGGUGUAACUAGCACAGAGAUUACACCGGCUCCAACUACACCAAGUACAACAGAAGAAAGAACCGUUGUAACUAUAACCACAACGCCAGGAACUACUGAAGAAACUGUAGUGACAAGUACAGGGGUUACAGCGGUUGGGACCACAACGCCCUCAGCAACUCUGCAGACUACUGAAGAUGCGACUGUUGUGACAGCUACGGGGGUGACUACUGAAGAGGCCACAACGACUCCAGCAACACCACAAACUACCGAGGAAAGAGACUAUGUUACAAGUACAGGGGUCACUACCGAAGGAAUCACAGCAACACCAGCAACAUCGCAAACUACUGACGAAAGAACUGCUGUGACAAGCACAGGGGUUACAGCGGUUGGGACCACAACGCCCCCAGCUACUUCACAGACUACUGAAGAUGUGACUGUUGUAACAGCUACGGUGGUGACUACUGAAGAGGCGACAAUGACUCCGGCAACACCGCAAACUACCGAGGAAAGAACCAUUGUAACAAUUACAGGGGUCACUACAGAAGGAGUUACAACAACACCAGCAACGUCGCAAACUACUGACGAAAGAACUUUAGUGACAAGUACAGGGGUUACAGCGGUGGGGACUAGAACACCACCAGCAACUUCUCAAACUACUGAGAAUGUGACUGUUGUAACAGCUACGGUGGUGACUACUGAAGAGGCCACCACAACGCCAGCAACACCACAAACUACUGAGGAAAGAACCGCUGUAACCAGUACAGAGGUCACUACAGAAGGAAUUACAACAACUCCAACAACACCGCAAACUACUGAUGAAAGAACUUUAGUGACAAGCACAGGGGUUACAGCGAUAGGGACCACAACACGACCAGCAACUUCUCAGACUACUGAAGAUGUAACUGUUGUAACAGCUACAGUGGUGACUACUGAAGAGGCCACCACAACUCCCGCAACACCUCAAACUACGGAGGAAAGAACUGUAGUAACAUUAACAGAGAUUACAGCGGCAGGGACCACAACACCACCAGGGACCACAGCAACUCUGCAGACUACUGAAGAUGUUACUGGUGCAACAGCUACAGCUACUAAAGAGGCCAAAACAGCUCCAGCCACCGCGCAAACUACCGAGGAGAGAACCGCUGUAACAACUACAGAGGUCACUAAGGAGGGGACCACAACUCCAGCAACACCGCAAACUACUGAAGAAAUAACUGUUGUCACAAGUACAGGGGUUACAGCGAUUGGGACCACAACACCCCCAACAGCCCCACAGACUACUGAGGAUGUGACUGUUGUAACAGCUACGGGGGUGACUACUGAAGAGGCCACAAUGACUCCGGCAACACCGCAAACUACUGAGGAAAGAACCUUGGUGACUGGGACAGUGAUACUUACCACAACAACUCCAGUAACAUCCCAGACGACUGAAGGAAAAGGUACUGUCACGAGUCCAGAGAUCACUACAGGCGUGACAGUUGUAACUAGUACAGAAGCCACUGCAGAAAUGACAACAACGCCUUCAGCAACACAAACUACCGAAGAAAGGACCGUUGUGACGCGUACAGACGUCUCUACUGAAGGGACUACAACACCUUCAGCAACCCCAAAGACGACUGAAGAAGUAACAGUUGUAACUAACACAGGGCUCACCACGGCAGGGAUUACAACACCUUCAACAACACCAAAGACAACUGAAGAAAGAACCGUUGUAUCUAAUACAGGGAUCACUACAGAAGGGAGUACAACCCCUUCAGCAACACCAAAGACGACUGAAGAAGUAACAGUUGCAACUACUACAGGGAUCACUACAGACGUAACUGCAACACCUGCAAAAACACCAAAGACGACUGAAGAAGUGACAGUUAUAACUAAUACAGGGGUCACUACGGAAGGGACUACAGCACCGUCAACAACACCAAAGACGACUGAAGAAGUAACAGUUGUAACUAAUACAGCGAUUACUACAGAAGAUACUACAACACCUUCAACAACACCGAGGACGACUGAAGAAGUAACAGUUGUAACUAAUACAGGGAUCACUACAGAAGGAACUGCAACAUCUUCAACAACACCAAUGACGACUGAAGAAAGAACCCUUGUGACUCGUACAGACGUCUCUACUGAAGGGACUAGAACACCUUCAGCAACACCAAAGACGACUGAAGAAAUAACAGCUGUAGCUAAUACAGGGGUCACUACAGAAGGUACUACAGCACCGUCAACAACACCAAAGACGACUGAAGAAGUAACAGUUGUAACUAAUACCGGGGUCACUACAGAAGGGACUACAACACUUUCAGCAACACCAAAGACGACUGAAGAAGUAACAGUUGUAACCAAUACAGGGGUCACUACAGAAGGGACUACAACACCUUUAACAACACCAAAGACGACUGAAGAAGUAACAGUUGUAACCAAUACAGGGGUCACUACAGAAGGGACUACAACACCUUCAACAACCCCAAAGACGACUGAAGAAAUAACAGUUGUAACUAAUACUGGGGUCACUACAGAAGGAACUGCAACAUCUUCAACAACACCGAGGACGACCGAAGAAAGAACCCUUGUGACUCGUACAGACGUCUCUACUGAAGGGACUACAACACCUUCAGCAACACCUUCAGCAACACCAAAGACCACUGAAGAAAUAACAGUUGUAACCAAUACAGGGGUCAGUACUGAAGGGACUACAACACCUUUAACAACACCAAAGACGACUGAAGAAGUAACAGUUGUAACCAAUACAGGGGUCACUACAGAAGGGACUACAACACCUUCAGCAACACCAAAGACGACUGAAGAAGUAACAGUUGUAACUAAUACCGGGAUCACUACGGAAGAUACUACAACACCUCCAACAACACCGAGGACGACUGAAGAAAGAACCGCUGUGACGCGUACAGACAUCUCUACUGAAGGGACUAGAACACCUUCAACAACCCCAAAGACGACUGAAGAAAUAACAGUUGUAACUAAUACAGGGGUCACUACAGAAGGGACUAUAACGUCAGUAACACCACGAACUACUGAAGGAAGGACCAUAGUGACAAGCACUGAUGUCGCUACUCAAGGGACCACAACUACUUCAGUAACACCACAGACAACUGAAGAAAGAACCAUUGUGACAAGCACUGAUGUCGCUACUAAAAAGUCCACAACACUAACAGCAACACAGACUACUGAAGGAAGAACCGUAGUGACUAAUACAGACGUCACUACGGAAGGGACCACAACUUCAGCAACACCACGAACUACUGAAGAAACAACCAUAGUGACAAGUACUGAUGUCGCUAAUAACGGGACCACAACUCCUUCAGCAACAGAAACUACUGAGGGAGGAACAGUGGUCAUCACAACCGGAGUCACUACCGAAGGAACAGGAAUGACACCUGGCACAACAUCCUCUACACCUCCAGGGCAAACAACACCACAACCAAGUGGCCCAAGUUCUGUUCAAACCACUAAAAAGUCCACUACGACAGGAACGCGCUUCUCGGAUACUACAGUUGAAAUUAUCACAACCAAAACUACAGAACCACAGACUUCUAUUGUCGUGGCUACUUCUGACGUGGUUGUGUCUACCGAAGACAUGACUACAGCCACGCCGUUAACCUCUAAGACAACAGAUGCUGGCUCAUCGGUGGCUACCAUGUCAAAGCAAACAACAUCAGCGGCAAAAACAGAUACAACAUCAGUCAGUCCAGCUACAGAAAUACUGACGUCUGCCGUAUCUACGCUAGUUUCCAUAGAAUCGACAGUCACAGCUACAUCAGGAAAUACUACAGCUGCAACAAAGUCACAAACUACGCCUGAGCCGAAAACAGACCAGACGAUGAAAACAACAACGCCCUCCGUCACAACGGGCCCAGAAGUGACAGAGACUUCGAAAAUCACAACCCCUGAGGCACAUACGAUGAUUUCAACAGAUGUGGUAACACAGGGGUCUACCGAAGCGAUGUCUACACAGAAAGUAACGACUGCAGCAAAGGCAUCUGUUACAACAACCACUGGGAAGCCUUCUGUCUUUACAACGGCAUCGGUAGAAGCAACAACAUAUGAACAAACCACAACAGAAGUCAGGAACGUAUCGACUGCUAAUGCUACAACACUCCCGUCUACAGAGAGUAGAACAAUGUCUUCAGCCAGGCCUGGGUCCUCCACAACGAAUGUACGACCAUCAGAAUCAACAGCGGUAUCUUCAUUGACACCAACAACACCAAAGUCGUUGAUAACUACAGAUGGUCCUGAUUUAUCAACACAGGCACCUGUCACGUUCCUUUCCACUGAGAUAGCAGCAACCACCGUCUUGGAAACAACACAGAACACAUCAUUCAGUGCAACAAAAGCAUCUACGGCAUCGCUGAGCCCAAAUACAACAAUUUACAUCGCGACGACAGGUUCUACAACGCUUCGAUCAAGCAAUGCAACGGUUACACCACAUACACAAAUGUCUACGACAAAUGUUUCCUCACCAGUGUCAGCAUCAUCGUCACCAGGUACAACCACCCAGGCAGCGUUUGUGACAACGGUACUGGACACUACAGAAACGGUACUAGACACUACAGAAACUGUUCCGCCAAGUACAAGUUCCGUAGCAACCCCUCAGUCACCUACACCAACUACCGGAAAGAAAACACUUAGCACUGCGUCAGCGAGGUCGUCAACGUUUACAAAUACAUUAACCAAGACCAAAGGGUCCACAUCGGUGAUGGCUUCAGAAAUGACAACUACAAAGGAACCGUUCUUGCAAACAUCUGCUGAAGGCACAACAGCAAUAUUAUCUACGGAAACAGCAGGAACGAUUCUAUCCACGUUGCAGCAGGGUGUGAAUAAAUCCACAGUAGCAACGACAGCUACGAGAAUGACAACACCUAAACCAACGUUGACCUCUACGUUGGCUCCAUUAACACUGCAGACAACAGAGAUGGCUACGGCUUACACCACGAUAGUACCCGUGGAAACGUCCGAAGUAUCUGCAGCAACAACAGCAACGCAGACAACACCUGCGAGGAAGACAGUUUCAACCUCCCCAACGCUGCUGUCUACAAGAAGUGCAGCAACAACACCCACUUCGCCAACGAUUACAUCGUCAACACCUUUGGGUUCAUCAUCAAGUCAAGCAUCAACUGAUGGUGUAACGUCAACCCCCUUGGCAAAGGUGAGUUCAACCAAUAUUACAACAACGCUGCAUAUGUGA